GUGGGGCCAUAUAUGGCGGACGCGGUUGCGCGCACGUCCAAAUCUGUGAGAGUGCGCGUCACGUUGGUAAACGCGAACGACUCUCACUGACAACAUGUCCGUCGCUGCUGCUGCUGCACAGCAAAACAACAACGAAGAACCAGGGCUAAACGGCUCCUGGGUGGAACUGGAAAUGAACGGCAACACGGGGCCCCCCUCCCUGCCAGCGGCGCUCGCCGGCGCGCCCCCCUCCGGCCCCAGCAACGGGAACGAGGGCGAGGGACAGGCCCCGCCCGCUCUGGCCGCCGUGCCGGAGGAGGAGGAGGAGGACGCCGUGACGGGCGGCCUGGAGCACGUGCCCUCCUCGUCCUCCAUCCAUAACGGGGACAUGGAGAAGAUCCUGCUGGACGCCCAGCACGAGUCCAGCCAGAGCAGCUCCUCCUGCGACAGUCCUCCCAGACCUCACAGUCCCGACCAGGACGAGGGUCAGAUCACCUUCGACGUGGAGAUGCCCAGCAGGAGAGAGAGUCAGUCGGAAGAGGAGGGCCCGGAGAAGGAGCGCGAUGAGGACAUCCUCAUGAGCAAGGGCACAGACUGGGUGGCUGACUGGUCCAGCCGACCGGAGAACAUUCCCCCCAAGGAGUUCCACUUCCGGCACCCCCGGCGCUCGGUGACGCUCAGCAUGAGGAAGACGGGUGCCAUGAAGAAAGGGGGCGUGUUCUCCGCCGAAUUCCUCAAAGUGUUUAUCCCCUCCCUGCUCCUGUCUCACAUCCUAGCGCUCGGACUGGGGGUCUAUAUUGGGAAAAGACUGACCACACCCUCCACCAGUUCUUUCUAAUCGCGAAUGACAAAGUGCCUGGGAUCGAUCGAGUCGUGUUGAGACGUCACCAUUUGUAUGAUGAAUGCUGUCUCUCCUUCUCCCCCUCCCCUCCUUUAUGUUUUUCUCUCUUUGCACCUUCAGUCUUCCUCUCUUCUCCUUCUCGUUUCUUAAAAGCUCGUUCUCUUUUCAAAGCCUGAUCAGUCUUUCCCCAUCCUUCUGCAUCAAGUUUGGGGGAAACGCACCAAGGAAAGAAGCUGGGGUGGGGACAGAGCCACCAGUCCUCCACCCGCACCUCCUUUUUCAUCCCCCUUUCUUCCUCUCUUUCCCUGAUCCUCUCAUUCGUUCACACAUCUUGGGUUUGCGUGCCCGUCAAUGAGAUGUUACGUUUUUUGCUUUCGCUUGGUUUCGUUGUGAUCACGGGCUGGUCUUCAGCUGUAGUUUUAUUAAUGAAGCACCUCCGUCAGGAGAACCUUGUCACUGCUACUCUGAAACUGGACAGGAGAGUAUCCCCUUCCAACUGCCACACCGUUCCUGCCAGCACCAUAACAGGAGUCACGUCGUUUAUCAGGAACAGGCUGUACCAGGAAGUAGUAGACUCGUAGGGUCAAUUCAGGGUGUCUGCAGUGGGGGGGGGGAUGGAAGGUUGGAGUUUGAGUUGUGGGAUAAGAUGUUAGUCAUUUUCUAGGGUUUCUAUAGGAACAAAGGUAAGACAGGCAUAUUGUAUGAAGGCAUGGGGCUGUGUGUAGAAGAGCUACAUCUGAAGCAGAACCAUUUUCUGAACUGAAGUUUACUAGAUUCGUCAUUUUCUUUACCAUUUAAGGAAUUUCAUCAUGGGUCUUUGAAGGAUACUAACACCUCAGCUCUACUCAGCUUAUCAAAUGUGUGUAUGUGUGUGUGUGUGUGUGGGGCGGGGAGGGUGCAUCAACUUAGUCAUGUGGCAAUAUUGUGGAUAAGUACAUUUAAUUGAUGUGUUCACAUUAUUUUGAGGGUGGUAGGCAGCCCAAUGGUGUUGUGCUGAGACUGGAAGCUGGAGUUGUCUAUAAACCAAUAAACAGACUCCAUUACAUAAACAGACCUAUUAUGGGUAAAAUCCCCUGCUAAACAUGAGCAAGCUGUUAAAUGAUUAUGAUUAUUACAGUAAUUAUUACAUAAUUGUCAUUCACAUUAUUGUAAUGAUGCUUCCUAGCCUGAUUUAUUACCUCAACAAAUCUUCUAUUCUGUGACAUGCUGUAAUUGACAGCCAAGAAGCGAAGACUGUUCCCCACAGGAAGUGGAUAAAGCCUUGCUUCCUGUAACCGCCUCCUGACUAUGAACAGGAAUAAAGCAUAGGUGGUGUCACCGAGGGAACUGGCCCUUAAUUAAGGUCAGCGGAUGGAUGCUGUGAUGUUCCGGGUGUAGUUUGGGUGGAGUGGCGGGGAAAGCUGGUCAGCAGCAGCCAGUGGGAUCUGUGUUGAAGUGCGAGGUGAGCUAUUACGGAAAGGAAGGGGCAGAACCCGCGACUGAAUGAUCCUAACAGGCAUGGGUCAAGUACAUAUUUGUUUUGGAUUCAAAUACUUUUCCACGCUUUACUGAUCUUCUCUGUUGUAUUGGAACCAAUGGAAUACUCUCAAAAAGUGCAAGACCCGCCUUCUGGUCAUAUUGGCAGGCUCAAUUACACUAGGCAAGAUCAAUAGAGCACAGAAAAGUAUUUGAAUCCAAAACAAAUAUGUAUUUGACCCAGGUCUGAUUCCUAACCCUGUAUGCUGCAGUCUGCACCAUUUGUGAUGCCUAGACUUUCAUGUCAUUUACUGGAUUUCUGAAUUAAUUGAUUCAGACUGCUUUGUUCUUUGAUUUAGUGUUGGUUCUCUUGGAGAUUCAUGCUUCAAAGCACAUGAAUAUGUAUUUAAGCAUAGCAAGUGUCUCAGUGGUCUUUCUCAGAUUAGAACAGCCCCAUUUAUUGUGAUGUGUACUAUGUUUGGUGCUUAUCCUUGCUCAACCACCCUGCUGAAUGGCUUUUCUCCACCUUUAUGAGUUCCUGCUUUUGGGAGAUCCCCACCUCUCUGUGAGUGAUCAGUCUUGCCUUCUGGGUAACUGGCUUCUGCACUCUGUUCUGGAACGAUAAGUUGGUACAUAUCACAGUUUUAGAUUAAGCAUGCAUGGUCGCGUCCAUAACAGUGCCAAAGGUUUUUGGUUGUUCUUUUGGUUUUACUUUUGGUUGGUACUUUUGUUGCUGCUGACCUUGAGCGCCCCUAAAUCCUUUUAAUUUACCAAAACCUACAACCUUAUGUAGGUUUUGAAUCCAGACAAAAAGUGUGAAUCAGCCAAAGUGAGCUGGGGAUUAGAUAUGUAUGAUACAACCUUUUUGUUUAAUGCCCACUUAUUUGCCAUGACAAUAAUGCUAAUUUGUAUAAUCUUUUGUUAUAUAAGGCCAAUUAUUUUUUAAGACGUAUAUUUUCUAGUUUGCUGCUUCUGUGUGGUGGCCAGGUACACCAAGGUACUAAGGCACAAAAUAAUUCCUGGUUUACCACUGUGUUGGUGCCAUAGGAGUAAACAAGAACAUACCAACCCUCACUUAGCAUGCCAGCUGACUGAGAACUGUGAACUCUCCACCAAACUUGGUUUCCUUCUAGAGAAAAUUUUUCACAACUCUUAUCAAGCAGCCAUUUCAUCAUCCCCACAGUUGUUUGUGCCUCGAGCUUUGUUUUACAGGAUUCUGGCUCUCAUUUCGCACAUGCCACAGAGAUGUUCCUGAGGAUCAGAAGGACUUAUAAAAAAUAUAACUGAACGCACAGACGGAGACGGAGGUGUAGCUAACAGCAGAAUAAACUAGUCAAUCCCUGGCUUCUAGGGAGAUUUAAAAAAAUGUUUUAAAAAUAUUGUUUUAUUAUUUUUUUGUUGUUGGUUUUCUGUUGGUUUUGUUUUUUUUUUAAUCAUCACCAUGCUUACUGGAAAGGACAAGAAAAGAUGCGAUACUGAUUUGUACUGAGGGCAGGGCCCAUGUGAAGCAAAGCACAUGCAAAUGUUUCUUUUGGAUGAUAAUGGUAACCGUAAUGUCAGUGCAUAAGCUUUGUCCUUUGUUUUGUUUCUCUCCAAUUGAAAAAAGCAAAUUAAAUUUCUCAAAAGCAA